ACGCGCGCCGAGUUUAAUUACACAUAUGCAUAUGUGCCCAUAAUCUAUACCCGGCGAAACGCGCGUGGAACCAACAAGGCAUAGCAUGGAUCAUCGGGACGUGCUUGUGCUGCUCUGCUCCUUGGCUGCCCUGGCAGCCGCAUCCAUCUGGUUUCUCUUCCGUGGCAGCAGCAGCGGGAAGAAGUUGUCGAAGCUGCCGCUGCCGCCGGGGCCUCGGGGGUGGCCCGUGCUGGGCAACCUGCCGCAGGUGGGCGCCAAGCCGCACCACACCAUGGCCGCUCUCUCCCAACAGUUCGGCCCGCUCUUCCGCCUCCGCUUCGGGGUCGCCGAGGUGGUCGUCGCCGCGUCCGCCAAGGUGGCCUCCCAGUUCCUCCGCGCCCACGACGCCAACUUCAGCGACCGCCCGCCCAACUCCGGCGCCGAGCACGUCGCCUACAACUACCAGGACCUCGUCUUCGCCCCCUACGGCUCCCGCUGGCGCGCCCUCCGCAAGCUCUGCGCGCUCCACCUCUUCUCCGCUAAGGCCCUCGACGCCCUCCGCGCCGUCCGCGAGGCUGAGGUUGCGCUGAUGGUGAAGCAGCUCAAGGAGUCGGCGCCCGCGGGAGUGGUGGUGGGGCAGGAGGCAAACGUGUGUGCCACCAACGCCCUGGCGAGGGCGGCCGUGGGGAGGCGCGUGUUCGGGGGCAGCGCCGGAGAGGGCGCACGGGAGUUCAAGGACAUGGUGGUGGAGCUCAUGCAGCUUGCCGGGGUGUUCAACAUCGGCGACUUCGUUCCGGCGCUCCGCUGGCUCGACCCGCAGGGCGUUGUGGCCAGGAUGAAGCGCCUGCACCGCCGCUACGACGCCAUGAUGGACGGCUUCAUCAGCGAGAGGGACCAGCGUCAUAAUCAGGCUGCUGCUGACGGGGAAAGGAAGGACCUGCUCAGCGUCAUGCUGGGGUACAUGCGGCCGGACGGCGGAGGCGGCGAGGAGGAGGGGAUCAGCUUCAACCACACCGACAUCAAAGCUCUUCUCCUGAAUCUGUUCACAGCUGGGACCGACACGACUUCUAGCACGGUUGAGUGGGCCCUAGCUGAGCUGAUACGACACAAGGACGUCCUCACCCAGGCCCAACGCGAGCUCGAUGACAUCGUGGGCCAGGAUCGCCUGGUAACGGAAUCCGACCUACCACACCUCACCUUCCUCACUGCCGUCAUCAAGGAGACGUUCCGGCUGCACCCGUCGACGCCGCUCUCCCUUCCUCGGGUGGCCACUGAGGAUUGUGAGGUCGAGGGCUACCGCAUCCCCAAGGGUACCACCUUACUUGUCAAUGUGUGGGCCAUCGCACGUGACCCAGCCUCAUGGGGCCCCGAUGCGUUGGAGUUCAGGCCCGCCCGCUUCCUCGCCGGCGGGCUGCACGAGAGUGUGGACGUCAAGGGGAGUGACUACGAGCUUAUACCGUUCGGGGCUGGACGAAGGAUAUGUGCAGGCCUCAGUUGGGGCUUGAGGAUGGUCACUCUCAUGACCGCCACGCUGGUGCAUGCAUUUGACUGGUCCUUAGUCGAUGGCCUUACCCCAGAAAAACUCGACAUGGAGGAGGCAUAUGGUCUCACCCUUCAGCGGGCCGCUCCGUUAAUGGUUCGGCCCAUUCCUAGGUUGUUAUCGUCAGCGUACACCGUGUGACAGAUGAUGAUUAAUCACUUUUGUCGAAUGUAUGCAAUUUGUGCAAGUGAGCUUUACAUAUGUUACAUAUGCCUUUGUAUUGUCUGUUCCAUGUGUUGCUUUAUGGUGUACACAUAGCGUUGGCCCUUGUUUUUCUACUA